AAAAUUGUUUACAAAUGGCGGAUGGACGGCAACAUUUUUAAAUCUCUGAAACUUACAGAUUUUGAUCCAAACUGCGCCAUUGUACAUACUAUUAUUGUAUAGAGCUCUAUCCAUUAUGACUGACGGUUUCGGUGCAAUUACUUGGUGGGGCUUUAGCGAAGCCCUUGAUCUCCAAGACAAAGAUAUCAAUGCGUCUUUUAAGAAACUGGACAUUGAAGAAAGCAAAGAUGAAUUAAAUAUUCUAUUAAUUGGAGCAGGUGAUAUAAGACACAUACUCAAAACUGUUGCCAGAUCAUACCGUUGGUCAAAGAAAAAGAUACAUUUCUAUGUUGCUGAGAACAACUUGGAAUUAUAUGCUAGAGAUCUUCUCAUGAUGACUGUAGCUUUAGAGAAUCAAGGCAGGAUGGGAUUGCAGGAUAAAACUGAGCUCUUCUUAGAGAUAUUUGGAAAUUCCCAAAUUAGAUACCAAACUUGUGAAUAUGUGGAAAAAAUGACUAAUGAGUUUAUAAAAAUGGUCACAGAUGAUGAUUACAUGGAAAAGAAAAUGCCAGUGUUUGAUAUGUCACUUUUAAAGUUUAAAGAACGUGAUAUGCUUGAAGGAAUCUUGAAGUUUUGGAGGAACAAAGAUAAAACUGUUUUCCCCAUUGAAAAAUUCUGGGAAUACAGACUGAGACAGUAUUUAGGCCAAAGAUAUGAUGCAAUCCCAAAUGUAUUUGACUGGGACUACAGUAUGAAAUUAUUAGGAAAAGAUGUUAGUAUAAUACGAGGUUCAGAGUAUAGCAGUUGGAGAACCAAUGGUGUUGCUUUUGAGAUACGAGAAGGAAACUACAAUCAACCAAAUAAAACUCUUGCCUCAGGCCUCACUUUGAAAAAGGAUGGAGAGCGUAUCUUACGCCGUGGAUACUGGGGAGAUAUUAUAGUCAGCCCAUACAUCUCUUAUGGAAUAGAUUGUGAAGAGAAAUCAUUCUUCAAAACCCAAAACAAGCAACAUGUCAAGUCAGCAGUAGAUGUAUCUGAAUACAAUAUCUUAUCUAUGCUAUAUGAACUACAACACAAGUCUAGAUACAUACCUCCUGAACCUUCAGAGGAGAAAACAGAUAGUGGAAAACAACAGGCUACAUUGACUGAAAUCACAGAAGAAGACGAAGAAAUUGAGGCUAGUGAAGAAUCUCCUCUUGAGAAAGUCAAUCUCCUUGAUAAAGAAUACAGUGCCAUGGCGCUAGAUGAUGUCAAGAUCACAUUUCUCCCUAUUGGUAGUAUUGGAGACCUACACAAGAAGGCAAAAUUCCAGAAAUUGUUCAACACAAUAUAUUUCUCCAACAGUAUGGUCCACCUGCUCAACCAAGACUUAAGUGCUGUAUUUGCUGAUAAAGCCUCACUUGUACUGGAAACUUCAAGAUUUAUGUUGGAGCUUACGAAGGAACAAUCUCAGGAGUUUCUAACCAAGGUCACUGCAAUGGCUCAAGGGAUAGGCUGCAAGGUGGCUAGUGAUGCAUGUGAUGUUGAAAAGGACUCUUUCAAAUGGUUCACAUUUACAAGGUAGCAUACAUGUGUUAGUGUGGAAAAUGAUGUGAUGUCCAACCAUGAGGCCGCUACAAAUAUGAGGGUGAUAAAACCAUGAGUUGGUGACAAUUACAAUCAUGAGGAAGCUCCCACAUUUAGGCAUUUCUAACCAUAAUGUUGCAACAGCCAUGGAGUUCUGAAAUUGGCAUAGUUCUGGUCAGUAUUGGCAUGAGUUUGGCCAAACUGGCAUGUGUAAAUCAAAAUUGGCAUUUUUGCAUAUUGGCCAUUCCUCUGGAAAAUGAGAGCCCUCUUCUGAUGAAACCUAGGGGCAUAAACUAAAUGACAUGUGAUAAAAUACCAUCAUGACCAUAGGACAGGACAAUAGACUCAAAGGAUUUAUACACACAGUGAUCUCCAUAUUAUAUGCUCAAAAUGACUGUUACAAUAUGUCUUAUACUC